AUGGCUGCCAUAGACCGCCCCACUGCCCGGGGCGGUCUCCUUGGUGGCGUGGAGAGCGAGAUCAACGGUCCUGCGGGUUUAAAAUUUAAAGAAAGGCCAUUUACUUGUUUUCAUUAUAGUUGUUUGUUUUGUUUGAAUAGGUUAAGUGGAUGUAAUCUCACUACUCAGUCCUGUGAAAGUUUGUCUUCAGCUCUACGAUCCUCAAAUUCAAACACCCUGAGAGAGCUGGACCUGAGUAACAAUGACCUGCAGGAUUCUGGAGUGAAGCUUCUUUCUGAUGGACUGAAGAGUCCAAACUGUCAGCUGGAGAUUCUGAGAUUGUCUGGCUGUAUGGUGACAGAGAAAGGCUGUGGUUAUGUGUUUUCAGCUCUGAGUUCAAACCCCUCACACCUGAGAGAGCUGGAUCUGAGCUACAAUCACCCAGGAGAUUCAGGAGUCAAACUACUCACUGAAAAACUGUUGGAUUCAACCUGCUCACUGGACAAACUCAAUGUGGAUCAUGGAGGAGAAUCCAGGAUUACAGCAGGACUGAAGAAAUGGGUUUGUUUUCUCACACUGGAUCCAAACACAGCAAACAAACAACUCAUUCUGUCUGAGGAGAACAGAAAGGUGACACGUGUGAGAGAGUAUCAGUCGUAUCCUGAUCAUUCAGACAGAUUUGAUGUGUGUCAGGUGUUGUGUAGAGAGAGUGUGUGUGGACGCUGUUACUGGGAGAUUGAGUGGAGUGGAGAUACUGGCGUGUUUAUAUCAGUGUCAUAUAAGAGAAUCAGGAGGAUGGGAAUGGGUGAUGGGUGUUUGUUUGGAUAUAAUGAUCAGUCCUGGAGUUUGAUCUGUUCUCGCUCGCGUUACACGUUCAUAUACAAUAAGAUAGAGACUGAUCUCCCUGUGAAGUCCAUCAGUCGUAGAAUAGGAGUGUAUGUGGAUGUGAGUGCAGGAACUCUGUCCUUCUACAGCGUCUACAGAAACACAAUGAGCCUCAUCCACACAGUCCAGACCACAUUCACUCAGACGCUCUAUCCUGGGUUUAGGUUUUAUUGGUCUGGAUCAUCAGUGAAACUGUGUUGAUGAAUCCGAAUAGACUGAUGAGAGAUUGUACCCAUAAUGCUUUGACCUGAUGAUAAAUCAGUAAGAGUGAGAUGUUAUUGAGUCUCUUCAUGACAUUAAUACUGCAGCUCAACUUCUGUCACUCAAAUAACAGAAUAAAUGUGUCAGAAAUCUUCAUAUAGACAGUAACAUCAGUGUGUCUACAUUUGUGUUUUUAUUGUUGUCUCAUCAGUCAUUCGUUUUAGUGUCAAAUGUAAAAAUGUC